UAGGCGUAGAAAAGAAGCAUGUGUGUGUUUUAACAACUUAACCCAACCUUGUGUUGUAAUAUUCCAGAAUUUUUCUUGAAAUCAGAUCCCUAGGGAAUAUCUUGUUCGAUGGGGAAGAAUGCAAGAACUCGUAAAUUCGCUCAGCAGCGCUUUGCCCAAAUGAAAAAGAUGAUCAGUUCCAAAGAUGCAAGAAUGUAGAAAACCAGAACUUCGAGUUGUAAAGAAGAAAAAAGCAGAUCCACAUGAAAUCAAAGUCAGAGAAGUGCCCCAAGUGUCUUCUGCUUUGUUCUUCCAGUACAAUACGCAACUUGGCCCACCCUACCAUAUACUGGUGGAUACAAACUUUGUCAACUUCUCUAUAAAAAACAAGCUUGAUAUCUUCCAAAGUACGAUGGACUGCCUGUAUGCAAAAUGCAUUCCGUACGUGACGGACUGUGUGAUGGGAGAGUUAGAGAAGCUCGGGCCGAAGUAUCGAGUGGCGUUGAGGAUACUGAAAGACCCGAGGUUCGAGAGGCUUACUUGCACUCACAAGGGAACUUACGCUGACGACUGCAUUGUACAGAGAGUCACUCAGCACAAAUGCUACAUAGUCGCAACGAAUGACAAGGACUUGAAAAGAAGAAUCAGAAAAAUACCAGGUGUACCCAUCAUGUACAUCUCACAACACAGGUACACAAUUGAGCGGAUGCCAGACGCUUAUGGUGCCCCAAAGACGUGACUACAAUGGAGCAUUUAAAAUAAAAAUAUUUUGAUUUUACAUUUCUGUUCUGUAAUUUUGUCUCAAUUCCUUGGCACCCACAAGAGUUUGUCCUUUUAGUUAGGCUAAAAUAGGAAACACACCAAGUAUCUGUUAAAAAUGUGUGCUACAUAUUAAGGAGAACUGUAGUAACUAAUAACUAAUAUAGUAAAUUUGAAUCAUUUUUGGAUAAAGCUUAUGUAGAAAAAAAUUUUGCAAAUAUAAUUUUUCACUUGAGGGAAAUGGUU